AAAAUACUAUUGAGUGUCAGAGCCAAGGGUUUGAAAGAGUAUCUGCACAACUCAGAACAAUACUCCUCUUGGGGCAGUUUUUGGAAAUUAAGCACACUCUAGGUGGGUAGAAGUGGUGGGUUUAUUUCCUUCAGCAAGUUUUCACCAGGUUAGAGAGAUGGGACUGGCCAGAUGAGGUGAGGGGAGAAAGAUACUGCUUGUGUGAUUAGGAUUUAGGUUCCAGCCUGCAUUGUCUAUAAGGUACCAACUGAAAUUCUUUCGAUUUCCAACAUGCCAGGAGGCCAGGGGGACUCUCGGCCACUUCCACUCCGCCUGCACAGUUCGAUUUGUUCUAGAUGAGGGAGCCAUGCAGAGAGGGUCCAGAGAGAAAAGAUUGGAGUCGUGCCAGACAGUGGGCAUCUUUCUCCUCGGGGCCUUUCCUGGGAGCUGAAGCUGUGUGAAAAGAGAAGAUAGAUAGUAGCUGCCCAUGAGCUAAUGAGAAAAACAUCUCAAAGGGAUGCUUAGGUGUUGUAUGAGCAAGGCCCUCCUCCUCUGAACAUGAAAUUUCUCCAUUGGUGCUUAGAAAUUUCCCUUCAGCACAGAUUUGCUUAUUCUUGUCCAAUCCAUAGUUGUCUAUUGAUUCUUGUGCUAUAAACAGAAACAGUUGCCUAGGAGUGCUAUCAAUUGUGUGUUAGUUUCUGAAGGUAAAUGGUUGCAAAAGCCAACUGAGUAAACAUUACCCUUACUAGAUGCCUUAAGUCCCCUAUCUAUACAUGAUUUGGGGUAGACUGCCUUUACUUCUUAGUGUUUCAGAAGCACUGGAAAAGACUAAAUGAAGGUACAGAAGGGAUGCCUACUUGCAGAGGUCUGGAGAUUAGCUGAUUCUUUCCUUAAAGAUACUGGAGGGAUCUAGGCCUAUUUGGGGCCUAUUGGGUUGGAGGUGCCCCAAGACCUCUGGUUGGAGCUGUCCAGCACAGAGCUGUGAACAGGGGAUGCAGGCUUAGUUCAGAGCUGGGGAGAGAGAGCUGGACCACGCAGUAGGAAUCAGCCACCCCUGCAUGUAGAAGGGCCUAGACAAGAAUGAGAAGACAUGUCAUUUUCUGCUCAGUUCUGUGGUGAAGUCUUCCUGUAAACUCAUCUCUAGGGUGUGAAUGACCUCAUCAACAUCCUUCCGCCUCUGAGAGAAGAGCUGCUGGAGACUCCUGGAUGUCUGGCCCAAAGCUGGAGGCUCUGAAAGGGCUGAGAGAUGAUUUGGAAGAUACCAUUUGACUGCUUUUUACUGACGUGACCAUAUGUCUACCCGGAGAUUGGAGACCUUGGACAGCUGGAGGAUCCAAGAUAACCUCCCUCCUCCUGUCUGGAUUCGCAGAAUAAAACCUUGUCAAAACAACAAAGGAAAAGUGGCCGGACUUCAGUUUAAGAUGUUUAUACUCUUUUCUUCAUCUUGGAACUAUCUAUUUGAUUUAAAGCUGAUCAAGGCCAUGACAUAGAGAGAAAGAACCCAGACCAAUGAAGACAAGAGAGCUGCUCUUUGUGUGACGCAUUUCCUCACCCAGCCGCAGAUUGCAACAGAGGAGAUGAGAUAAAGAUGAGGAACCUCAACAGAAAGGAUGGAUGUAAACAGUGGGUUUGCUGUGCAGUGACAAGAGCCCAGCUUGGGAAGGGUGUUGAGUGGGGUGAAGAUGUCACAGGAACUCACGAAAGCCAGAGGAGUUCACAGUUCAGAGAAGCUUUUUGAGCUCCCAAGAGGAUGUAAAGGGCACAAGGUCACCUUUAUUGAACUGUUUUCCUGUUGGCCAUCCCUUCUGGGCCCCAAGUUCUGCAUUUGCAGCAUCUGGCACAGUGCUGGGCACAUCCUGAGCUUGAGAAAAGGAACCUGGGCAGGAGGAGAUAAGCCAAUAUAUCUGCCUGUUGAGCCUACAGUUAAAAAUAAUUAUAGAGAACAUGGUGAUGCUUCAGAAACUGUCAGGAUCUUUACUCUUUGUCCAGGAAGCCCUGAACUGUCAUUGGAAAUAAGAUGCCAGAACCACAGAUGUCCUUAGGCAGAUGAAGCUGAGUGAAUAGGCAAGUCAAGAGGCUGAAUAUCUGAAGAAUGUUUCCAAAGGGUAAUCUGACUGUUGCUAGGUGGAUAUGGAGGAGCACAAGGAAGCUGUUUCUCUUCCUUUCACUCAUGCUGCCUCAUACAGCUCAUUUGGAAGGCAAAAAGGAUCAUCAAUUCAUCUGGAAACCAGGCCCCUGGGGAAGGUGUACAGGAGACUGUGGGCCUGGAGGCAUCCAGAGCCGUGCCCUGUGGUGUUUCCACUUUGAAGGGUGGACGAGUCACCAGUCUAACUGUGAUGAGAGCAGCAGGCCUCCAAAUGAAAGAAGCUGCUUCCGAGUCUGUGAUUGGCACAGAGACCUCUUCCAGUGGGAAGUUUCUGACUGGCACCACUGCAUGCUGGUUCCUCCUGCCCUGGGCCAGGCCAGGCCUCGGGCCACAGAGUGUGUGACAGCCCAGCAUGGGCUGCAGCACCGGACUGUGCACUGUAUUCAGAAGCUGAACAGGACCAUGGUUGUGAAUGAAAUAUGUGAACACUUUGCCCCUCAGCCCCCCACGGAACAAGCUUGCCUCAUCCCUUGCCCACAGGAUUGUGUGGUCUCUGAGUUCUCACAGUGGUCCAAGUGCAGCAAAGGAUGUGGAAAACAGUUACAGCACAGAACGCGCUCAGCCCUUGCCCCCCCUCUGUAUGGAGGGUCCCAGUGUCCCAAUCUGACUGAGUCGAGAGCCUGUGAUACUCCCAUUUCCUGCCCUCUUGGGGCAGAGGAAUAUACAUUUAGCCUUAAAGUUGGACCUUGGCAUAAAUGUAGACUGCCUCAUCUCAAAGAACUUAACCUAAAUGGAAGAACUGUUCUGGAUUUUAUCUCUGACUCAAAGGAGCGAGUCACUUUUAGACAUCACAGUUACAAGGCGCAUCACCAUUCCAAGCCCUGGGACAUAGAGAUAGGUUUUCAAACCCGGCAGGUCUGGUGUACAAGAAGUGAUGGGAAAAAUGCUCUGUUAAGCCUUUGCAUGCAAGAUCCCUUCCCUUUGACUGUACGGUCCUGCAUCAUACCCAAAGACUGCGAAACCACCGAGUGGUCCUCCUGGAGCCCCUGCUCUAAGACGUGCCGUUCAGGGAGCCUCUCACCAGGAUUUAGGAGCAGGAGCCGGAAUGUGAAGCACAUUGCUAUCGGUGGUGGAAAGGAUUGCCCUGAACUUCUCGAGAAAGAGGCCUGUAUUGUCGAAGGCGAACUUUUGCAUCCAUGUCCCAGGUAUUCCUGGAGGACCUCCGAAUGGAAAGAAUGCCAAGUCUCUCUCCUCUUUGAGCAACAGGACGCUCACUGGCAUGCGACAGGACCCGUUUGUGGAGGUGGGAUCCAGACCCGGGAGGUGUACUGCGCCCAGAGCACACCAGCGGUCACGGCACGGAGGACCAAGGAAGUCUCAAGACCUGUGGAAAAAACAUUAUGUUUGGGACCUGCCCCUGCAGCUUCUCAGCUCUGCAAUAUCCCUUGUUCUACAGACUGUAUAGUAUCUUCCUGGUCAGCCUGGGGCCUGUGCAUCCAUGAAAACUGCCAUGAUCCUCAGGGGAGAAAAGGAUUUAGAAUGAGACAGCGCCAUGUCCUCAUGGAGUCCACAGGGCCUGCGGGGCGUUGCCCUCACUUGGUGGAAUCUGUCCCUUGUGACGAUCCACUGUGUUACCGAUGGCUGACAUCCGAAGGGAUCUGUAUCCCUGAUCACGGCAAGUGUGGCCUGGGACACCGCAUCCUCAAGGCUGUCUGUCAGGAUGAGCGAGGAGAAGAUGUGUCAGGGAGUCUCUGCCCAGCAUCUCCUCCUCCAGAACAGAUGGCUUGUGAGAUCCCCUGCCGAAUGGAUUGUGUGCUGAGCGAGUGGACAGAGUGGUCAUCCUGCUCCCAGUCUUGUUCAAAUAAAAACUCAGAUGGGAAACAGACGAGGUCAAGGACGAUCCUGGCAUUGGCUGGAGAAGGUGGAAAACCAUGCCCUCCAAGUCAGGCCCUUCAAGAGUAUCGCUCAUGCAAUGACCAUUCCUGUAUGCAGCUCUACUGGGAGACCUCACCUUGGGGCCCCUGUUCUGAAGACACAUUGGUCACUGCACUUAAUGCAACCAUUGGCUCGAAUGGAGAAGCUACGUGCGGUGUGGGCAUUCAGACACGGAGGGUCUUCUGUGUCAAGAGUCAUGUAGGACAAGUGGUGACAAAAAGGUGUCCAGAAUCUACUCGGCCUGAAACUGUGCGCCCUUGUCUGCUCCCGUGUAAAAGGGACUGCACUGUGACUGCUUUCAGCGAGUGGACGCCCUGCCCAAGGGUGUGCCAACCAGGAAACGCCACCAUAAAACAGUCUCGAUACAGGAUUAUCAUCCAAGAAGCAGCCAAUGGAGGCCAAGAGUGUCCAGAUACCUUAUUCGAAGAGCGAGAGUGUGAAGAUGUGUCACUGUGCCCCACGUAUCGGUGGAAGGCACAGAAAUGGAGCCCCUGUAUCUUGGUGCCUGAGUCGGUCAGGCAGGAAACAAUGGUUACUGGUGAAGCCUGUGGAAAGGGGGUACAGACAAGAGCUGUCUCAUGCAUCUCUGAUAAUAACCAGUCGGCAGAAAUGACAGAGUGCCUCAAGCAGACAAAUGGUAUGCCUCCCCUUGUGCAAGAAUGUACAGUCCCGUGUCAUGAUGACUGCACCUUCACUGCGUGGUCCAAGUUUACGCCCUGCUCCAGAAAUUGUGAAACAACUCGAAGUAGACGGCGACAGCUCACAGGGAAAAGCAGGAAGAAGGAGAAAUGCCAGGAUGCUGACCUGUACCCUCUAGUGGAAACAGAACCAUGUCCUUGUGAUGUGUUUAUAUCUCACCCUUAUGGAAAUUGGUCAGAUUGUAUUCUUCCUGAAGGCAGAAGGGAGCCUCCUCGAGGAUUGCGGGUACAAGGAGACAACAAAGAAUGUGGAGAAGGCACACGCUUUCGAGCAAUAGCCUGUUCUGAUAAAAAUGGAAGACCUGUUGACCCUGCCCAUUGCAACAGCUCUGGUUAUAUGCAAGAAGAAUGCGUCAUCCCUUGCCCAUUUGAUUGCAAGUUAAGUGAUUGGUCCAGUUGGGGGUCUUGCAGUUCAUCUUGUGGGAUUGGAGUAAGAAUUCGAUCCAAAUGGCUGAAAGAAAAACCAUACAAUGGAGGUCGACCGUGUCCCAAGCUGGAUCUCAAGAAUCAGGUUCAUGAGGCAGUCCCAUGUUACAGGGAGUGCAAUCAGUAUUCCUGGGUUGUAGAACACUGGUCUCCAUGCAAAAUCCACAAUGAGCUGAGGUCCCUGCGCUGUGGAGAAGGAACACAGUCUAGGAAAAUCAGAUGUGUAAAUACUGCUGAUGGUGAAGGGGGAGCAGUGGACAACAACCUCUGCAACCAGGAUGAAAUCCCUCCAGAAACCCAGUCCUGCUUCCUUCUGUGUCCCAAUGAAUGUGUCAUGUCUGAGUGGGGACCUUGGAGCAAAUGCCCACAGUCAUGUGAUCCACACACAAUGCAGAGAAGAACCCGCCAUCUGCUGCGGCCCUCACUGAGUUCAAGGACAUGCGCAGAAGACUCGCAGGUGCGGCCCUGCCUCCUCAAUGAAAACUGCUUCCAGUUCCAGUACAAUCUAACAGAGUGGAGCGCAUGCCAGCUGAGCGAAAAUGCAACCUGUGGGCAAGGCAUCAGGACCCGCCUUCUGAGCUGUGUGCGCAGUGACGGCAAGCCCGUUGGCAUGGACCAAUGCAAGCAGCAUAACCUGGAAAAACCUCAGAGGAUGAGUGCUCCCUGCCUGGUGGAAUGCAUGGUCAACUGUCAGCUCUCUGGGUGGACAGCCUGGACAGCAUGCUCGCAGACUUGUGGCCAUGGAGGUCGAAUGAGCCGGACUCGAUUUAUCAUUACGCCAACCCAAGGAGAAGGAAGGCCAUGCCCCACUGAGCUUACCCAGCAGAAAAGCUGCCCAGUGACCCCCUGCUAUAGCUGGGUCCUCAGCAACUGGUCUGCAUGUAAAUUGGAGGGUGGAGACUGUGGGGAAGGAGUCCAGAUCCGCAGCAUCUCCUGUGUGGUGCACAAUGGCUCGACAUCCCACUGGACUGUACAUGUGGAUGAUGCAUUGUGUGGAGAGAGGCCCUUUCAGGACAGCCUCCUGAAGCAGCCGUGUUCUGUGCCUUGCCCAGGAGACUGUCACUUAACAGAAUGGUCAGAGUGGAGCACCUGCGAAUUGACCUGCAUUGAUGGAAGAAGCUUUGAGACUCUGGGCCGCCAAUCUAGAUCAAGGACAUUUAUAAUUCAGUCUUUUGAGAACCAAGACAACUGCCAGCAGGUUCUAGAAACACGCCCUUGCACAGGAGGUAAAUGUUAUCACUACACAUGGAAAGCAAGUCUUUGGAACAAUAAUGAACGAACUGUAUGGUGCCAACGUUCAGAUGGCAUUAACGUCACAGGAGGCUGCUCCCCUCAGGCCCGCCCUGCUGCUAUUCGGCAGUGUAACCCAGCCUGCAGAAAACCCUUUUCCUACUGUACACAGGGUGGAGUCUGUGGCUGUGAGAAGGGCUAUACAGAGAUAAUGAGAUCAAAUGGUUUCCUGGAUUACUGCAUGAAAGUACCUGGCUCAGAGGAUAAAAAAGCUGAUGUGAAAAACCUCACUGGGAAAAACAGACCUGUCAAUUCAAAAAUACAUGAUAUUUUUAAAGGAUGGUCUCUUCAACCCUUUGAUCCAGAUGGCCGUGUAAAAAUGUGGGUUUAUGGCGUUUCAGGUGGUGGUUUUCUUAUCAUGAUUUUCCUAGUAUUUACUUCCUACCUUGUUUGCAAGAAGCCAAAAGCACAUCAAAGCACACCUCCUCAACAGAAGCCUCUGACCUUAGCCUACGAUGGAGACUUAGACAUGUAACCUGAAAAAGAAAUCCAAAUGUAGACAUCAACUGCCUUAACUGCUUUCUCUUUUGUAGCUCUCAGACUUCUCAGUUUUUUGAGGAAUCUCAUGAUGUGAUAUACUGGGCAGAAUACAGAUACUGCAAACGUAAUCUUGCCUCAACUUCAUUUGGACAUGGAGUCAAGGAGUAUUAGGCCUGCCAUUUUGCUUUCCAGUUGCUUGUGGGUGUGAGUGUUUAAUUUUUUGAUUUUCCCAAGGGACCUGAAAACCCUUCUCUUCCUGCUUGGAAAUGGGAAGAAGAAAACAUGAUGGAAUUCCCACAGACUUGAGUAAACUUUAUUCUCAGCAGCAUGAUGACAAUCCGGAGGAAAGUCCAAUCAAGGCAUUUACUGUAAAUGACAAAUCUGACACUGCAUUGUUAUGCACUAUAUUAGUGCAAAUCUUUAUUCUUCCCAUACUUCAACACUGAGUUUUCUAGCGUUUACAUUGGUUCAAAGACUUUCAAAGUGGAUUGCCUAUUUUCAUGAACACAGAGAAAAUGGGUUGCCAUUUCAGAAAUUCUCUGAGUUUGUACCUUUAAAUAUUAUAUUUUGUUUGGAGCUGAUGGGAUGAUGGCACCUCAUGGGUUGCAUCUAUUGAAAACAAAUGGAAUGUAUGUAGUUGCUGGACUAGAUGAAAGCUAGGCUGUUUGGGAUGAAAUAUGUAUUGAAUGUUAGGUGUACAAAUGAAUAGGUGGUUGUACUGGAGAAUGAGAUAAAUUAUUUAAUAACUAAAUUUGUGUAUUUUAACAAAAACUUAGCCAUGUAGAUAUAGCAUUGACCACACACAGUUGUAAUUCAGUUUAAUGAGGAUAAACUCUGCUUUUGUAAUUUCGAUUUUCUUAUCUGAAUAUUUAUAAAUUCUUUUUUUGAAUUUAAUUAUCUGACCUCAUUUAAUAUACAUCGAACGCUGAUCCUGUUUGUAGCAAGUCUUGCUUUUAUAAAGGUUUCAAUAAUAUCUCAAACAACACACGAAAAAGCUGAAACCAUUUUAUGAAGAUAAAUGUUUGUAAUUGUUGAUGUUGAAAAGUGAGAAGGUGCCAUCUUGUGGUAUUUACUUGUAUUUAUAAUAAAGUGCUCAAGAGACUGUGA